AUGGCUCAAUCAGGCUCCUGCCCAAACCAAGACAUAUCAAAUGCUGCCAUUGUCCACAGCCCACUGGGUGUUUGUUCAGACCUGGAUACCCAGAAAGGAAGAGAGGGUGAGGAAGGAGAAGAGGAAGAUGAUGAGGUGGAACUAGCUGAGGAGGUAGGGGAGGAUGUUUUGAUGAUGGCUGAAGCAGGACAGGAGCGUGAAAAAGACGAACCUGGAUCACAGGAUGAAAGGGAGGAUGUGAGGAUUAUACAAGAGGAUCAGUUACCAAAUGGAGUAUAUAAAGAGGGGGAGGGAGGGAGUGAAACACUACAGGAAAAAGGGGAGGGAGGACUAGAAACGGCAGAUGAAGAGCACGAAAAGAUAGACGACCAAUCAAGACAGAAAGAAUGUAAAGACAAAGAAGAAGAAGAAGAAGAAGAAGAAGAAGAGCUCAAAGACACAAAGGCAAUGACUGAUAGUCCAUGUCAGUUUUCGUCACUCAGUAUUUUCUCUCAAGAUCAGAUAUUUGGAGAAAAUGAGGAUGCAGAAAGUAAAGAGAAUACCCAAGAGGCCUUCAUUGAAAGUUCCAAAACAGAGACAAGGGAGGAAGAGACUAAUGAAGGAGAUGAUGGGUUAGAAGACCACCAGAUUGUGUCCACUGCAGAUGAUACAGAUAAACUUCAAGAAUUAAGUAUUAUAGAGGAGUCAGGGGAUGAUGUGCAGUUGUCUACUGAUGACACCGACAAAACAGAAGUUGUUCUUCUCACUAAAAAUGAGGUGACAGAAAUCAUUGAGGAUUCAACAACAGAUUCAAUCUUUGUUACCACAAGCCCAGAUGAUCAAGUCAACAUUCAAAAUUAUCUAUGCCAAACCUCUGUUGACAAUAGUGGCACACCAUUCAAAUCACCUGGUAUAAUGGAGCUGGUGGACAUUCCGACCAACCAGUUGGCCAGUGAGAAUCAAGAUGGCAUGACUAAUACAGAUGAGAAGAUCAACCCAGAAUCCGGCAAAGAGGAAUUUGAGCCAACUAAUAACAACAUUAUCUGGCAACAUAAGGAUCUAAUAGAAGCCAACAUUGAGGAUGAAGGAACCAUGGAGUUAAUGAUGGAUGCAAUAAUCGCUCCUGAUGUUCCAGACAUGGUGGGUGAAGCAAAUCUAGAGAUAGAGCAAACAGAGUUAGCUGUUGUACCUCACGAAGAGCCGUCACAGACAGAUGGAUGGACUGACGAAGGGAUUAUCCAGAAAGAGCAAGAGCAACAGGUUGGGGUUAAUUCUCAUGAUGAGGCAGGAAGACUUAUAGAGGAGGAGGAGAACACGAGUCAUGUUAUUCAAGAGUUAAUGGGUGAGGAAGUGUACAGUGGGAGAGGUGAUGAAGAAAUGCAGGAAGGAUCUAUUGUUAAGCUUGAAACCCAGGCUAUGGCAGGCCCUCCAGAACCAGAAGGGCAGAGUGCAGAGGAGCUACCUUUAGACACACAGCAAGAUGUGCCUUUGGAUCAGGUGGAGGAGGCCUUUGAACUGGAAGAAGAGGGUGAAGUUGAACUAGACCAGCCAGGAGGUGAAGUCACGUCAGAGGAGAAGGAUUCCACAAAACAGGUUGGUGGUGGUGAUUUUCAGCAACAUCUUUCCCAACUGCUCAUAGAAGCAUGGGCCGACAACCUGAGAGAACAUCCAAGAGAGAAGACUGAUGAGAGUCAACUAGACGAAUUGGUGGGAGGAGUAGAGACAGCAGAAGAACCUGUGACAGUUUUAGAUGAUGAGAUUGAAGUGACUAGUGAUCUUGAUGAUCAAAAGCCUUCCAUCCAUUCAGUCCCUUCUGAAGAACGCAUAAUGGAGACAAAGGAGGAAUGUCAAAAGAGAGAAGUUGAGAUGGUUGAACUAAGUGAAGGAAAAGAUGAGAAGCAAAAAGAUGAAGACGGAGAGGAAGAGAAGGAAAAUAACCAAAAAGAUGACAACACAGCAGAAGAGUUAGAUACAAAUGGAAGAGUUAAAGGACUGCAGCAAGAAAUGGAGAAUGGUAUCUUGUCUCCCGAGCCACAACCAGUCAGGAAAGAGGAAUGGGGGACAGCAAGAUUGCUGUCACCGAGGAGAAAUCAGCCUGAGGACGAGAGAGCACCAGAAAUGAAAGACUGGAGGAAAGAUUUGAAGCCAGUGAAAAAAGACAAAUGGGACACUGACAGCGGAAGGAAGGAAUGGAGGAAGGAAGCAUCACCGGAGGAGAAGAGUCUGCUAAGGAGAGAGGACUGGAUGAAAGAGCUGAAGUCAGUGAUAAAAGAUGAAUCCCUGCCCAAAAAAAGAGAUGAGCAUGUGAAGAGAAAGCGAGUUGUGCUGCUCGAGGACGGCCAUUCAUACUUCCCACAGCGGGAGGAGAUGACUGAGGAGAAGAACGAGGAGGUGAAACACAUCCCCCACAGGAGAAUGAACAGCCCUUUCUCUCCUGUUCACAGGAACAGCAGAACACCCCAAGAUCAGGACUAUGAGAUCUCACUCUAUGUCAAGGUAAUGAGCCUCUUUAAAACUUAG